AUGGAUUUAAACAAGCUUCCAAAUGACAAAAAGCUCGAGCUUUGUCGAAGCUACUUCAUUGGUGGUUGUUUCUUUUUACCAUUUGUAUGGGCUGUUAAUGUUGUAUGGUUCUUUAAAGAAGCAUUCGUAAAACCUGCUUUUGAUGAACAGAAACAGAUAAAGAAAUAUGUUCUGCUAAGUGGACUUGGUGCAAUAGUUUGGAUCAUUAUUCUCGCUGCAUGGGUGACAGCAUUCCAGUUAAAUAGAGUUGCAUGGGGAGCGGUUGGGGACAGUUUGUCCUUUAUAGUACCUUUGGGUCGAGCCUAA